AUGUAUCCUCCGGAGCGCCCUGUCACCAUGUGUGCGCUGUGCGUGUGUCAGGUGGUGCCCGGCACGUACUGCAGCCGCAACUUCUACGAGUGUUAUCGCAAGCGCUGCCGCCUGCAGUCGCCCAACUACCCGGGCAUGUACCCGCGCAACGUCACGUGCUACCUGACGCUGCGCCAGAAGACGGUGCCCAACUGCAAGCACGCCAUGAUCUCCGUGCGCCAGGACAGCGCGCACAAGAUCAAACGCGCCGUGGCCGUCGCCUCCCUCAACAAGACGGGCCGCGCGCUGCGCACGUGGGGCGAGUGCACGGGCGAGCGAGACCACCUCAUCUUCUACGACGGCGCCAGCACCGACGACCCCGUGCUCGUCAAGUUCUGCGGCGGCGACUGGCUGCCGCGCGUGGUGUCGCGGGGCCCCGAGAUGCUGGUCGCCUUCCACUCGUCGCCCUUCAGCGUCCCGCUGCACGCCGAGGGCGCGCCCUCGCCGCUCAGGGGCUUCGAGCUGGACGUGGACUUCUGGGUGAACGCGAGCAGCCCGGACAGCGAGGACGUGUGGACGCGCAGCCGGGGCCGCGCGGGCCACCUGCUCAGCCCGCGCCACACCCUCGCGCCCAACAGCACGUGCGUCUACCGCUUCCGGGGCCACCCGCGCGACCGCAUCUGGAUCUACUUCGUGGCCUACUCGCACCAGUCGCUGCUGCUGCCGCCGGCGUCCACGGCCGCCUCGGCCGCCGCCGCCUAA